CGGCCGGAGCGCCCCGCCGGUCCCCUCCUCAGGCGGGGACAGGCUCCGCCUCCCCCGGGCUUAUGACACUGGAACCUCCUUAAGUUGCGUCUCGCCACAGCUGUCUGUAAGCACUGAGCCGGCUGGCGCCAUCCUGCUCCUUUCAGAAAGAAUGCCUUCCCUGUAAAAAAAAAAAAAAAAAAAAAAAAGAGAGAGAGAGAGAGAGAGAAAGAAAAAAAAAAAAAGAGAGAGAGAGGAAAAAAAAAUAGAGAAAAAAAUUGGGCGAGCGAGAGAGCACAAUCUGAUCUGAUCAAGCACUUUCAGCUUCAUCCCUCCUGGGUCACAUACUGCUUCUCCACCAAGGUGAUCAAAGAAGACAAACAUCUGCAACAGAGCGGAAGAUACGAAGGGACCUCACUUCGCAGAGAACUUUUUUCCCUGAUUUUUUUUUUGUUUUCCUUUUUUUUUGUCCUUUUCAAAUUUUAUUAUUUUCCCAGUUUUUUCUUUCUUUUUUUUUUUUUUUUUUUUUUUUAAAUUUUUUCUUUUGGAAUCGAUCGUUUAUCACCAUAACCCCCCCUUCCUCCGCUUUAAAACAAACCUAACCAGAAACAUCCCCCAAACUCGCCGAGCACUUUUCCCGCCCUGCAUUAACUCCAGCAGCGUCUCCCCCUCCGAUCUCAAGCCCUCCGCGCCUUGCUGAGGAGGAGGAGGAGGAGGAGGAGGAAGAGCAGCGGCGGAGCAGCGAGCGCGGAAGAUGGAGGUCUCCACGGACCAGCCGCGGUGGGUGAGCCACCACCACCCGGCCGUGCUCAAUGGGCAGCACCCGGACUCGCAUCACCCCACGCUUGGCCAUACCUACAUGGACCCCACGCAGUAUCCUCUCGCCGAGGAAGUGGAUGUACUUUUUAAUAUCGACGGACAAGGCAACCCCGUCCCUCCGUACUACGGCAACUCCGUGAGAGCCACCGUGCAGAGAUACCCCACGGCCCACCACGGGAGCCAGGUGUGCCGCCCCCCGCUGCUGCACGGCUCGCUGCCCUGGCUGGAUGGGAGCAAGGCGCUGAGCAGCCACCACAGCGCUUCCCCCUGGAACCUCAGCCCCUUCUCCAAGACCUCCAUCCAUCACAGCUCACCGGGACCCCUUUCCGUCUACCCACCCGCCUCCUCUUCCACUUUAUCCGCCGGCCACUCCAGCCCGCAUCUUUUCACCUUCCCGCCGACCCCUCCUAAAGAUGUGUCCCCGGAUCCGUCCAUCUCCACCCCUGGCUCCACUGGCUCCACCCGGCAGGACGAGAAGGAAUGCAUCAAAUACCAGGUGUCCCUGGCCGACACCAUGAAGCUGGAGUCCUCUCACUCUCGGAGCAGCAUGGCCUCUUUAGGAGGAGCCACCUCCUCCGCUCAUCACCCCAUCACUACCUACCCACCGUAUGUCCCAGAAUAUGGCUCUGGACUUUUUCCCCCCAGUAGCCUCUUAGGAGGAUCGCCAACCGGGUUUGGGUGUAAAUCGCGACCGAAAGCACGGUCAAGCACAGAAGGCAGGGAGUGUGUAAAUUGUGGGGCUACCUCAACCCCCCUGUGGAGAAGAGACGGCACCGGGCACUAUUUGUGUAACGCCUGCGGACUCUAUCACAAAAUGAACGGGCAGAACCGGCCCCUGAUCAAACCCAAGAGAAGGCUGUCUGCAGCCAGGAGGGCGGGCACGUCCUGUGCAAACUGUCAGACCACCACUACCACCCUGUGGAGGAGAAAUGCCAACGGCGAUCCCGUCUGUAACGCCUGCGGGCUCUACUACAAGCUGCACAAUAUUAACAGACCCCUGACUAUGAAGAAGGAAGGAAUUCAGACCAGAAACCGAAAAAUGUCUAGCAAAUCCAAAAAGUGCAAAAAGGUCCAUGACAACCUCGAAGACUUUCCCAAGAGCAGCUCCUUUAACCCCGCCGCCCUCUCCAGACACAUGUCCUCCAUCAGCCACAUUUCACCUUUCAGUCACUCCAGCCACAUGCUGACUACACCGACACCGAUGCAUCCUCCAUCCAGCCUCUCCUUUGGACCUCACCAUCCUUCCAGUAUGGUCACUGCCAUGGGUUAGCAAGAGACUGCCCUGCUGAAUGCUUACAGUCUCAAAAUGAGAUUUACUUUAUAUACUUGCAUUUUUGCAGGCGUGUGGUUAUGGGUCUGACGUCCCGAAUCAAAUGGGAGGGGGAAAAAAAAAAAGGAUUAAAAAAAAUAAAAUAAAAAAAAGGUUAUUUGAAGGCAUAAGAGAGAGAAAAAAAUUAAAAACACAGAAAAAAACUACAAAAAGCACAAAAAAGGAAAAAAAAGAAAAAAAGAGAAAAAGCAAAAAAAAAAAGUUUUAAAAAAGUGAUGUUUGCCACUUUUUAAAGGAACUCACUAUGGCGUCUAUGUAUUCUUACCCACUGAAUCUGGAUACCAUUUGUGAAUAAGCCAUUCAGAACUUGCAUUCCCUAUUGGACAGGAUCUCUAGUGCUGUGAAAAAAAUAAAAUAAAAUAAAAUAAAAAACGCUGAACAUUGCAUAUAACUUAUAUUGUAAGAAAUACUGUACAUUUGAGGAAGACUUUAUUGCAUCUGAGGAGCUGUAAAGAAAAAAAAAAGGCAUGAAGGACUCCGAGAGAAUUUUUUUUAAAAGGAAAAGAAAAAAAAAAAAAGAAGAUGGGAGGACAAUUUAAAAACCAGAAAAACAAACAAUGCAGACCAAGAGGAAACGCGGUCUUACGAACAAAUGGACCAACUGCCAGUCAUGUCUUCUCCUUUUAUUUUAUUUUUAUUUUUUUUUUUUUUUUUUGUUGGUUUUCUUUUCGGUUUCUUUUGUUUCCGGGGAGGGGGAGGGGGCUGGCUAGAACGGUUUUGAUGAUGCAUUAACUAACUAACUAACUAACUAACUAAAUAAAUAAAUAAAAGCUGUAGGGAGAUCAUUCAUUUUUGGGCCACGGGCCUUUUACAUAGGAAGUACCAAUGGUGUCAGGCAAUCAGUGUUAACAUGCGGACAUUGCCAACAAGGGGGUUUCAGAUAGCCAUUCUCCAGGUCUAUACGCAUUGUGAACAAGUUCCUGUAAUUGUUGUUUGUAUGUAUAAUUCAACGCACCAAAAUAAGAAAGAUGUAGAUUUAUUUCAUCCUAUUAUACAGACUGAAUGGUUGUACAAAUUUAUUUACUGCUAGUGAUAAGACCUGCUUUUUUUUUUUUUGUUGUUUUCGUUUUGUUUUCAUAUUUUUUCCUCCUUUUUUUUUUUUUUUUUGGAGAAUAAACUAGAUUAAAUUCUGUUGACUUAACAGUGUUUUGUGCUUGGGGGCGGGAAAAGGAAUAUUUUUCUUUCUUUACUGAUUUUUCUUAAAGUUUGUUUGGAUGGUAUUUGUUGCAUAGUUACCACGGGUAUGGGAAUGUGUGUCUCUGCGCUCAUGCUGACGGCCAAAGCAAUGUUUGCAGUGGCUUGAUAAAAAAAAAAGAUAAAUCACAGAACAAAGGAAAAAAACCCUCAAAAAUAAAUGGACUGCAUGUUAGUGUAA